AUGCAGCCGCCAGGGCAGUUGCCCAAUGUGGGGGUGCCUCUUCAUGGCCUUCCCCCGAACAUGGUGUUGCCACCGCCUCCGCGCCCACAUGCGGCGCCGGGCACAAUGACCAUGCCACCACAGAUGCAGAUGCAGUUGGUGGGUCAGUUGCCCAACCUUGGCGUGCCUCUUCAAGCCCUCCAGGGCCUACAAGGCCUUCCGCCGGGCAUGGUGCUACCACCGCCUCCCGCUCACUUGGGGGCGGGCGCGAUGGCACUUCCAAUAGGCUUUCCAAUCCAAGUGGCCCCAGCCACCAUGCCAGCUGGUCCAGCUGCAUCGGCGCCUGCAGCCCUUCCCAUCCCAGUGGCCCCAGCCACGAUGCCAGCUGCGGCAGCAUCGGCGCCUGCAGCCCUUCCAGCGAUAGCUCCGGCGGCUCCACCGCCGGCUCCACCGGCCCCCGGAGCACCAGCGGCUCCGCCGCCGGCACCUUUGGCCCCAGGAGCACCAGCAGCCCCCCCUGCCGGCACAGACCCCACGGUCGCCGCAGUCGCCGUUGCUCUAGGCUUGGACCCCUCGGUGUUGAAUGCUGUAGUACAAGCCCUGGGGUCUGCUGCAGGAGGGGGAGGGGAAGGUGGAGGCAACCAGCCAGGCGAAAGCCCCAAUGAGGCUGAGGGUGCCGCAGCCGUUGCCGCAGCUGCGCAGUCAGCACAAGAUAUGCAGUAUCAGCAGCAGUAUCAGUUCUAUCAGCACCUGCAAAAGCAGGAGGUGGAAAAGAGGGCCAAAACACAAGCGGCGCAGCCCCUGCGCUUCAAAGAAGGAUUUCGGCCGAUGCGGCUAUGCAAGCCCUUGAUGACCGUGGGCUUCUGCAGACAGGGUCAGGAUUGCACCUUUGCACACACCUACGAGGAGCUGCAUCCAGCAUCGCCGGAUGUCCCAGACAACAUGGCCAACGAGGAGACGGGCGCCAUGGCUGAGCAGGGAGAUAUCCCGGAAAGCCAGGUGCCAGACAUGAGGUUGAAGAAAAAGAAGGAGAUGUGCGGGCGCUUUUCUAGAGGGGAGUGCUCGCUGGGCAAGAUUUGCCCAUUUGCUCACACCGAGAGCGAGUUGGGCACCAUUGGACUGUCCGUGUGCGGCAAGGUGAAGACACGCCUAUGCGUGUUUUGGGACCCCGUCACAAAGACUGCCAAGGGAUGCAUCUAUGGCAAGAAUUGCAAUAACGCCCACGGAGAGCGGGAGAUUGGGACCAAGAGGCCGCCUCCGGAGCUAUGUCCCCCAAUGAAGCGACGGAGGGACGGGGAAUCUGUGAUACGUGGCCGCGACUAG